AGGGUUUUUUCAGGAAAAGGAGGUUGCAGCAGUUGUAGUGUGAGAGGUGGCUGGUUUGAAGAAACCACGUGAUGAGUCAUACUUCCUCUAACAGUCAGGCCUCGACUCUCUGCGUCUCUUCUUUUGUGAUCAGUGACAAAGAGAUGGCGGGUACAAGAAUCACAAACCUCCAGAGUCCCGCAAAGCAACCGCCACUGAUCCAGCCUCCGCAGCGCAGCACUGCAGCACAGGGAUCCGUGCAGAUGCGCAUUAAGAGCUCACAGAGUCCUGGAGACCGCCUGAGUCAGUCCAAGUCCAUGGUGCUGCAAGAGUCCGACCUUCCUCAGAAACCUAUCUCUAGGCAUCGCAGGAAUCAGUCUCAGCACAACGUCUUUGUCACAGGAGGGGGAGCUGCAGUUUUUGAACCAUUGGUGGAGUUGAAAGGUGAACACCUGAAUGUGGCUAAAAUCUCAGAGAGUGGUAAGAAACAGAGGAAGAACUGGACUUUGAUGUGGAGCGUGCUGACCUCAGACCAGCUGCUGUUUUAUAAAGAGAGACAACAAGAAACUAGUCAGAAACCAGGAAGUAAGACAGAUGUGAUUCCGUUGUGUGGAGCUGUUAUCGAGUGGACGACAGAGAAGUCGAGCAAGAAAAACGUUUUCCACAUCACAACAAACACAGGAAGUGAGUACCUCCUGCAGGCUGAGAGUUACUCCACUGCCAGUAAAUGGUACGACGCCAUCAGAAAGAACGUUGACUCUUCAACUAAAGCAGACGGAGGUUUUCCUCUGCGGAGGUCAAACAGCACAGAGUACCUGCCCAGACACAGCUCCCUACCUGGAUAUGGCUCCGCCUCCCCCAACACCAAACAACGCAACCCAGUCCACAGACGCUCCAUCAACAUGUUCAGCAGCUCCAAGCUGAAACACAGCACCUCCGACAGCGCCGACAAGAACGGAGUGAAGAACAGAUUGAAGAAGUUCAUCACCAGACGUCCGUCCAUGAAGACUCUGCAGGAGAAAGGCCUCAUCAAAGAUCGAGUUUUUGGCUGCCAUCUGUUGACUCUCUGCGAGCGUGAAGGAACCACGGUGCCGAGGUUCGUUCAGAUCUGUUUGGACGCUGUUGACAAGCGAGGUCUGGAGGUUGACGGGAUCUACAGAGUCAGUGGAAAUCUGGCCACAAUCCAGAAACUUCGCUUCAUCGUUGAUCAAGAGGAGACCCUGGACCUUGACCACAGUCAGUGGGAGGACAUCCACGUUGUCACCGGAGCCCUCAAGAUGUUUUUCCGCGAGCUACCCGAGCCACUGCUCCCCUUCAGAUUCUUCCAGCCUUUUGUAGAGGCCGUCAAGAUCAAAGAAUCUAAACACAAAGUUCAGGCAGUGAAGAAACUGAUCCAGGAGCUGCCCAAACCCAACCAGGACACAAUGAAGCUGCUCUUCAGCCACCUGCACAGAGUUCUGGCCUUUUCCAGAAAGAACCUGAUGUCCACUCAGGGCAUCGGCAUCGUGUUUGGCCCUACGCUGAUGUGGCCAGAGCUAGACGCGGGAAACAUGGCGGUCAACAUGGUUUACCAAAACCAGAUCGUGGAGUUCAUCCUCAUCGAAAGCCGAGAAAUCUUCAACCUGGACAUGAAGUAAAGUUUCCUGAGGUGGACCUGAUCAUCUGACGGACUCAUAUUUACACAUCAAGGCUAAAAAUAACCAAAUUCCUUCAGAAAUGUUAUAGUUUUAACAGAAAACAGAAGCAGCGCCUGGUUUUGGCUGGACUGUAAAAAAUAAACGUAUGGUUUCUGAUCACAA